CAUAAUUUGGUUGUACUUGAUCUUUAAUGCAUUUGUAUUGUGAUUUUUACAAUGCCUCUUUGUGAUAUUGGAGAAAAUUAAAAUUUAAUAGAGGAUAAUUUUGAGGUGAGGGUAUGUCUAUGACUCUAUGGUGAUAACUUGCAAAAAAUGAUCUAAUCUCUUUCACAAGACAGUCGACCAUUUUCCAAUAAAAUGGUAUGCUUCUUCCACAAAGUUGCUUGUAUUUUCUUGGAAGAGUGGUCUACCGCUUCCACCGCUUAAGGCAAGCGGUCGAUUUGAUGACACUUACUUUCAGCUUAUACCCGCUUAUUUUCGGGGACUAAAACGAAACCCAAUUUGUCUUUUUAAUUUUGAUUAGUGCAACUAAUUGUUGGUAGGUGGAACAUAAUGAGGGUUAAGUUAUUAGUCAAUUUGACUUUGCAUGUAAUUAAGAGUGGGUGAUGAUUUUGUGUCUCUCACCAAACAUUGAUUGAGUUAUGAGUUGGGAUUUGGUUACAUACGGUCAAAUCGAGCAGAGCUGUCAGUAACUCUGCCCCAAUGGUUCCCGAGUUUUUAUUUCGGGCUUAUAAUACGGGCUCUAGCGACCUACUGGUUAAUGUUGGAUUGUGGGCUUUAUAAUACGGGCUCUCGUGACCUACCAACUAAUGUUGGAUUGUGGGUUUUAUAUACUAAAACAAUGUAAUUAUUUCCAUUCAUUACCCUUUACCUCCCGUUGUUACUUUUAUCGGACUGCUCAUCAAUGGACAUGAUUAAAGACAGGUUACUGGAUCACUCAUGGUAUAUUAAGUGUUUAAGUGGUUCGCUGAGAUUAAAUUUUUUCGUAAAUGUUAUUGUUUUCAUUGUUCACGCAUGUAGCUGCCAAAUCGAAUUCAUAGAAAAUUUCCUAUAUUCUCGCUACACCCAUAACUGCGGAUGAUCUCAACAAUGCCUUGAUUAGUUGCUAGAAACAGGGAAAAUCGUCUCUCUACCCCUCUGCAUCCAUCAACCAUCAUUCCUGAAAAAAGAUGGAGGAUGACAAAAAAUAGACAGAACACAAAAAGGAAACCAGAAAGAAGACAAGUAACAGACAAUAAACAGCAAAACCAAAAACAGAAUUAAGGGAGGGACUCCUACGGGAAAAGGAAGAAGGAAGAAAAGGGAGAAGAUUGAUACCCAUCAACCUUUUUCUCCCUUCUCUUCUCCCUUCCCUUCCCUCCUUUCAGCCCACCAUUUCCAAACAACAACGAAGGUGAAGAAUUUCCCACCAUUUCCAAAGAACAGAGAAGAUAAACAAGAACAUAGAGAUUGACAAACAAUACACAGACAAAAUGGGACCAAGCAAGUUACGACGAGCCGUUGGAGCGGUGAAGGAUCAGGCGAGCAUAAGCCUAGCCAAGGUGAACAACAGCAGCUCCCUCUCGGACCUGGAGGUCGCGAUCGUGAAGGCCACACGCCACGAGGAGUACCCAGCCGAGGAGCGACAUAUCAGGGAGAUCCUCAGCCUGACAUCCUACUCGCACUCCUACAUCAGCGCAUGCGUCAGCACGCUAUCGAGGCGGCUGAACAAGACCAAGAACUGGACCGUGGCCCUCAAGACGCUGAUGCUGAUCCAGCGACUUCUCAAUGAAGGUGACCCUGCCUACGAGCAGGAGAUCUUCUUCGCCACGCGGAGGGGCACGCGUAUCCUCAACCUCUCCGACUUCGUGGAUGCCAGGUCCGAGUCGUGGGACUACUCUGCAUUCGUGAGGACGUACGCGCUGUACCUGGACGAGAAGCUCGAGUUCAGGAUGCUCGGUAGGCGAGGAAAGAGGAGCGCCUUUGCGAUGGAGGAUGACGAGGAGGAGGUGGAGGAGGAAGGCAGUAGCCACCACCGCAGAAGAAGAGGCCGUGGUGGUAGUGCUGGUGGAAGCGGCGGCGGUGGUGGUGGUGGUGUCAAAGCCACGCCACUUCGUGAAGCUAAGAAUGAGAAACUGUUCUCCAGGGUUCAGCAUUUGCUGCAUUUGCUCGAGCGCUUCCUUGCUUGCCGCCCUACAGGUAAUGCAAGGCAUGACAGGGUUGUACAGGUGGCUCUGUACCCGAUUGUGAAAGAGAGCUUCAACUUGUACUACGACAUCACCGAUAUCCUAGCCGUGUUGAUCGAUCGCUUCAUGGACUUGGAUCUCCCGGAGGCAGUGAAGAUCUACGAGAUCUUCUGUCGCGUCGCCAAGCAGUUUGACGAGCUCGAAUCGUUCUACAGCUGGUGCAAGAACGCUGCCAUUGCUCGGACCUCAGAGUACCCUGAAAUCGAGCGCAUCUCGCACAAGAAACUCGAGCUCAUGGACGACUUCCUCCGCGACAAAUCCGUCCUGUCGCAAACGAGGAGAAGAGCCGACGCCGAAUCAGUGGAGGAUAACGAGGAGUUCAAGGAUGCUGAGGAGGCGGGCGAGGAAGACAUGAACGCCAUCAAGGCAUUGCCUGCUCCAGAGGAAAGUUAUGCUGCCCCUGUGGUGGAAGAGGUGAAGGAAGAAGAAGAGGUGAAGCAGGAGGUUGCUGUCCAACAAGAGGCUGAUCUGUUGAAUCUAGGACAGGAUGCAAUGUCGAGCGACGAUCAUGCGAAUCAGCUAGCUUUAGCUUUGUUUGAUGGGGCUCCUCCAGUCGCAGCCAACUCCACGAGUACUCCUGCCCUAACGUGGGAAGCAUUCAACGAUGAGGCUGACUGGGAAACUGCUCUGGUUCAAUCAGUAAGCAGUUUAGCUGUUCAGAGGCCUGCACUGCCGGGAGGCUUCGACAUGACAUUGCUCGAUGGGAUGUAUCAGCAAGGAGCAACUACGUCAGCAAUGUCUGGCGUGGCUAGCUACGGUACAGUAAGUGGAAGUGCUAGCAGUGUUGCUCUUGGCUCAGCUGGAAGACCUGCUAUGCUAGCAUUGCCUGCUCCUCCGACAUCAACGAUGAACACCUCCGGUGGGUUUUCAGACCCGUUUUCAGCCUCGAUUGCAGUGCCACCACCGCACUAUGUGCAAAUGUCGGAGAUGGAGAAGAAGCAGCACCUGUUGAUGGAGGAGCAACUGAUGUGGCAACAAUAUGCAGCAAAUGGUAUGCAAGGACACGUUGGGUAUGGAAGGGUACAGCACAAUACAUACAACAUGGGGGGAUACACACAUGGUUACUAAUCUUAACCAGUUUGUUUGAAU